CAUGAGCGGAGGAGCGGAGGACGCGGGGAGAGCGGAGGAGCCGAAAAAGGAGAAGUGUGCGCCUCUCGGAGCGCGAUGUGUCCACAGUGGAUUAGCGUGUUCGGACGGAGCGAUGUGGCCGAGCAGAGCGAGGGAGUAUCAGAGGAGCGCGCGCGCUUCGCACAGUAACGGCUCGGAGACCCGGCGCAGUCAGAAGUGAGGAGCGAUGAGGAGAGCUGACGAGUUCGCCUCUUUACGACGAAGCGGCGUCGACCUGCAGAGUAGGCAGAACACGGAAAAGUGGCUUUGUUUCACAACUUGAGCAGUUUUUAAAGAGCGACGCUAGCUGAACUAGCCUGUGUGUCUAUUUUUUUCAAAAAAAAAAAAAAAUAAAUAAAAUAAAUUCCUGUCAGGAAACGACGUAAAAUGUUGUGCUGUGAGUUUCACCGCGCUGUUAAAGGCUGCACGAGCCGGACUCGUUUGUCAACAAAAGUCGUUCCUGUCAGGAAAUGGCGUUACAGCGCUGAAGCUCCGAGUUGUUUCGCCGUCAGGGAGUGAGUGAGUAAGUGAGUGAGUAAGGGGAGCUGGGCUUGAUGGGGGAAAUCGCCACGGUCCCAGAAAAACUCGGAGCGAAAAACAUGCCGUCUUUGACCCCAUGGAGACAUGGCAUAUAGGGUCCUGUCCAGCCGCAUCGUGCCGCCCUCCAACAAGUUGAGCAGAAGGUUCAUUUUCGUGUUCACGCUCUCGCUCUCCUUCACCUAUCUAUGCUACAGCGUGCUCUUCUGCUCGGGCACCGUCAUGCCGAGGCUGCACGGCUUUGAGGAGCACGGCUGCGUGCGCGUGGAGAGCGCCGGGGCCAAAAAGCUGCUGCAGAAGGCGCCUUUCUGCGCCGCGGAAAGCGCUCAGAGCGGCCCGGACGUGGCGCUUCCUCGCAGCGAGGCGGCGAGUCCCGCGCGCAACCAGAGCGGAAGGCGCACGGCGGCGCAGAGCGCGCGCCCCGACGCCGCGCGCUCCAAAGCGGGCAACAGCACGAGCGCGCAGCGCUACGGCAACAAGAAGUUACCGAACGCGCUGAUCGUGGGCGUGAAGAAGGGGGGCACGAGGGCCGUGCUGGAGUUCAUCCGCAUCCACCCGGACGUGCGCGCGGUGGGCACCGAGCCGCACUUCUUCGACAGAAACUACGACAAAGGCUUGGACUGGUACAGAGGCCUAAUGCCACGCACACUGGACAGCCAAAUCACCAUGGAGAAAACGCCGAGCUACUUCGUGACACGGGAGGCUCCGCGACGCAUCGCCAGCAUGUCCCAUGAGACCAAACUCAUCGUGGUGGUGCGGAACCCAGUGACACGAGCCAUCUCAGAUUACACUCAGACGCUGUCCAAAAAGCCUGACAUCCCCAGCUUUGAGGAACUAGCGUUCAAGAACAGGAGCCAGGGGGUGGUGGACACUUCGUGGAACGCUAUCCGCAUCGGCAUGUACAUCCUGCACCUGGAGAACUGGCUGCAAUAUUUCCGGCUCUCGCAGAUCCACUUUGUGAGCGGGGAGCGGCUCAUUACAGACCCGGCUGGCGAACUGGGCCGUGUGCAGGACUUCCUGGGCCUCAAACGCAUCAUCACGGACAAGCACUUCUACUUCAACCGAACAAAAGGCUUCCCUUGUCUGAAGAAGCCCGAGAGCAGCAGCCUUCCCCGCUGCCUCGGCAAGUCCAAGGGCAGGACGCACGUGCAGAUCGACCAGGAGGUCAUUGAGCAACUGCGAGACUUUUAUAGGCCUUUCAAUGUAAAGUUUUACGAAAUGGUAGGACACGACUUCAGAUGGGACUGACAGGGGUGGGCAGGGGAGGUCAAGGGGAGACCCUGUGUGGAAAGCGCUUCGCUUUGUUAAGCGAUGAAUGAGUCAUCCAAUCAGAUCUGCCAAUCAAGGCUGGUUUUAUCCGGUCCAUAGUUGGUCGAUGCAGAAAAUGGAAACAGAAAAACCUCAAAGGACACCCUAAACCAAUUAAGACCAAAUGCUCUUAGGAUAUUAAAAUAGCUUAUAAGCUUACUGAACGAUUAAAAAACGCAGGCGAAAUCCAAAGGUGUUCGUACUGUAGCUCGAGAGACUCUGCCUUUCACUUGAAAUCCUUUAAUACCUUUAGAACAGAUGAUGGUUCAUUAAAUCAAGAGAAUAACUGAGAAGCUGUCAUUCAAUCUCAGAGUAUUUGUCAUGCACAGCACUGUGUCUGUUCACUGUUACUAUUUAAAAUACAAAACCGUGUCAAUCAUCUUGAUAUGAAAUUGAAACCUGAGCAGCAUACAGUGACUAUUGAGGUGUGUCAUUACAUUUCAUACAAUG